AUGCUUGAACUUUGCCAGUCAAACUCUGUGAAGAACUUUAGUGCUGAAGAGGGAAUUCAGUGGCAUUUCACACCGACUGCGUCUCCUAACCGCCUGCGUCUGUGGGAAGCUAAUAUUAAAUCCAUGAAGAGAAUACUCUUGAAAGUCACAAAAUCUAACUUACUAAAUUUUGAAGAACUAACUACGCUCGUUGUGCAGAUAGAAAGUAUUCUCAACUCACGCCCACUUUCGCCCAUGUCAUCAGACCCUAACGAUCUGCAGCCGUUGACACAAGGACACUUUCUAGUUGGAGCUCCGAUUAUGUCAUUUCCUGAACAUCAUACUGCUCCAGAUUCUUUUUCUCUUUCUUCUAGGUGGAGCCUGAUUCAACGUCUGAAAGACAGCGUUUGGAAUAGAUGGAGCCAUGAAUACCUGAGUCAACUACAAACACGUUCGAAAUGGACUUGA